UAUGUCUUUUCCGAUUCGGUUCAGCCCCCAGCCGAUGCUAUCCAAGUUGCCUGGGAUAAAAACCCAGAAAAUCUCAAAAUGGGGUUUGUCAAAGUGGUGAAGAAUAAGGCCUAUUUCAAAAGAUACCAAGUGAAAUUCAAGCGUAGGCGUCAAGGUAAAACUGACUACUUUGCUCGCAAACGCCUGGUUGUUCAAGACAAAAACAAGUACAAUACCCCAAAAUAUCGUUUGAUUGUACGAUUCACCAACAAGGAUAUCACAUGCCAGAUAGCGUACGCCAGAAUCGUGGGAGACAUCAUCAUAGCUUCAGCCUAUGCUCAUGAACUGCCCAAGUAUGGCGUCAAGGUCGGGUUGACCAACUAUGCCGCAGCUUAUUGCACUGGACUUCUAAUUGCAAGAAGGAUCCUCAACAAGUUUAAGCUAGACGAAAUCUACAAAGGAGUGGACGAGGUUACAGGAGACGAUUACUACGUAGAGAGCGAAGAGGGACAGCCUGGAGCUUUCCGUUGCUUCCUUGAUGUAGGAUUGGCAAGAACCACAACUGGAGCACGCGUGUUUGGAGCUUUGAAAGGAGCAGUCGAUGGUGGCUUGGAUAUUCCCUACAGCAACAAGCGAUUCCCCGGGUAUGACCAGGAGACCAGCGAAUUCAAUGCAGAUGUCCACCGCAAACACAUCUUUGGUGGUCACGUUUCCGACUACAUGAAAAUGUUGGAGGAGGAAGAUGAAGAUGCAUACAAACGCCAGUUUUCACGGUUCAUCAAACUUGGCGUUACAGCUGAUUCGAUGGAAGAAAUGUACAAAAAGGCCCAUGCAAACAUCCGUGCCGACCCAGUACACAAAUCCACAAGCAAACCAUACGAUGGAAAACCGAAACGAUGGAACCGGGCAAAAUUGUCAAAACAACAGCGCGUGGAUAGAGUGAAACAGAAGAAAGCAUCAUUUAAGCGAGCUCAUAAUUUGGAAUAACUCAACCUGCUAUCGCCAAAUAUAAAAUAUUAUUAAACAUCACUAGGAAAAAAAAAAUGGGAACCGAGCUGUGGUUCAAAGGUAGCUGAACCGCCGCUCAAAAAAAGCUAUAAAUUAUCCAUUGAUAACAAGUCUUAUUAAAAAAAAAAAAACUUGUACUAGUGAAACUGAA